UCCAAGUUAGCUGAGCAAGAAGAAGUAGGUGACUUUCCUGUCACCGGUCAGCAUUUCGAUGGUGGACUGGGGCCUUGGCCUUAGGCAGGAUAGAAGGGACUUGUCACCCGGCUGGGGGCUACGGACUGAUGUCCUCCACCUCUGUGUGAGGUGCUCAGGUGGCCUGGGCCACUCUGACCCUCUAACCCCUCCUCCUUCCCCCACAGCUGCCGAAGCGGGAACCGUAAAAGCCUGGUGUAGGGACGCAUCGCCCACUCUCCCGGCCCCUGUCGCCCCUGUCCUGUCCCCACGGUGAGUGGUGGGAGCCACAGUUGGGCGGCUGUGUCCACGUCUCUGCCCUGACUCAGUUUCCCACUUAUCCCUCAGCAGGCAGCAGUCCCCUUGAGAGUCCUCGAAACUUCGCGGCUGCGGCCGGCAUCAACUUCCCCUUCGCCCGGAGGUGAGUGGCCCGUGGGGGUGGCGUGCAAUUUGGUGGCUCAGUGGCCUAGUGGCUUGGUGGCUUGGUGGCAGGACCGCCCUCCUCACUGUCUCUCCCCUCCCCGGCCCCUGCCUACCCGGCGGUGGUCCCUACCCACACGGCCUUCUGCAGUCAGGCCCCCCGCGUGGACAGGUAAUCACAAAGACCCCCCGGGGGAGGUGGGGACAUGGGAACCGUGGCCCCACUAACAAAAUCCCUCAUUAAAAGCUGCCGUGGUGGACCGGGCACCUUACUUCACAUAUUCACUCAGCUACAUUUAUUAAGUACCUACCCCACGCUGGGGACUGAGGACACAGCACACCUGGGAAACAGAACCCUGGGGUCCAGUGGAGGUGGCCAGUGUGUCCCCUCCCCCCACAGCAGCUGCAACUCACAGGUCAAAGCUUGGUCGGGGACACACCGGGAGGGCUGCCUGGAGGAGGCGUCUGCAGGUCAGGACGCACACACUGCACGGGUUGGCUUGAGUCCCCAUGCGGCCCUCACAGCAGGUCCUCCCUUCAACCGGGCAGGGAUCUGUUGGUCACACUUCCUGCCCAGGUCCCACAAACCCUGAGGACCGGGUGGGCUGUCUUUCUAUGUCUUCUUGUCCCUCCUGCAGGGCAGACGGCCAGAAGAUGGUCCCUGGCCUUCUCCCGUCUUCUGGCUAUGGCACCAACACACCCAGCUCCACUGUCUCGUCAAGCUCGUCCUCCCGGGAGCGCCUCCACCAGCUUCCCUUCCAACCCACGGCGGACGAGCUGCGCUUCCUGUCCAAGCACUUCCGCAGUCGGAGAGCGUGGUGGACGAGGACGGGGGCCGGUCACCCCGCCUGCGGCCCCGCUCCCGCAGCCUCAGCCCGGGCCGCACAUCCGGGACCUUUGACAACGAGAUCGUCAUGAUGAACCACGUGUACCGGGAGCGGUUCCCCAAGGCCACCGCCCAGAUGGAGGGUCGCUUGCAGGACUUCCUGGCACGCGCC